CUUGAUUUGAAAUAGCUUCUCCAUUAUUCUUCAGAUCUGCACAGUUUUUAGGAUGCAAAUAAAGAUAAAAUAUAUUUAAAACUUUUAUUUAAGAGACUGCGUGAUGAUUUCAACAUCACACAAGCACAGGAAUUUUGUGUCCGAACCAAUGGGAAACAAAUCAGUUUCUGCCUUGGCUGGAAUCGGAGGAGCACUUGGAAGAAGACUAGAAGAACAAGGUUUUGAUAAGGCUUAUGUAGUGCUAGGCCAGUUCCUUGUUCUGAGAAAGGAUGAUGAAUUAUUUAAAGACUGGUUGAAAGAUAUUUGUGGAGCCAACAGCAGACAAGCUGGACAGUGUGUCUUCUGUUUACAGGAAUGGUGCAAUGCUUUCCUGUAGUUAAUAUUCUUGUCUAAGGCAUGUAUGAAUUUCAUUACUUAUGAUCUGGGUUAAUAAAGGCGUUCUGAACAAAUAACGAUUUUCCUUUGUUUGUCUUAAGCAUGUAUGUAGUUCAUUGCCUUGAUGUUUUGUAGAUUAAUACCAAUAUUACAUGCAACAUCAAUCCUUUUUUGUCAAGAUAUGUGCUUCACAUUAAAAUGAGUAGCUAGUUUCUGAUACAAGUGCUGCGCUUUGUGUGUCCACAGUGCUAUGAAACAAAAUGAGAAAAAGAGCAGGCUGAAAUAGCAGCAGAACUGGUAAUUUGAUAAAAGUUAUAUACAUUAAAGUAAAUUUAAUUUUGACUAUGGACAGAAUCCUUCAAAAGCAAAGAUGACAAUAUCUCUAAGUAGUGGAUACAGCCAGUCCAUCACAGGAAAAGCACUCACCACCAUUGAACACAUCUACAAGGACCACUGCCACAAGAAAGCAGCAUCCAUCACCAAGUACACCCACCAUCCAGGCCAUGCUCUCUUCUCGCUGCUGACAUCAGCAAAAAAGUAAAGAAGCCUUAAGUCGCACACCACCAGGUUCAGGAACAGUAAUGACCUUUCAACCAUCAGGCUCCUGAACUAGCAUGGGUAACUUCACUCACUUCAAUGCUGAACUAAUUCUUUUUUGUAUUUGCACAAUUUCUCCUCUUUUCCACAUUGCUUGUUUGUCUUUGUGUGUAGUUUUUCCACUGAUUUUAUUGUGUUUCUUUGUAUCUACUGUGAA